AUGGUGUUCAAUCAUGUUACGAUGCAAACUUCAAUUCUUGAUAUUCGUAAUCUCAAGAAACUACUAUCACUCUCUAAUCAGGUAAGUUCCGAAUCCCCCCUUUAUGAUCAUCCUCACAAUUCGAUUUCACCUUCAUCAGCAUUGUCGUCGUCGUCGUCGUCGUCGUCAGUUAUCGGUAACAACAAUGAUAUCUUAGCACAACUAUUACUGUAUCUUCCUAGAAAAUCAUUGUGUAGAUUCAAAUGUGUAUCAAAACAAUGGUCUUCACUUAUUUCAGAUGCAUAUUUCAUCCAAAAACAUCGCAAUGAUAGAAAAUACCGGCUUCACCACCGUUCUAUUCAAGGGCUGUUCUUGCACAAAUAUUGGCUAAAUGAGUAUGGGAAUAAUUUACCAGAAUUUGAGUUUAUCUCUAUUGAUUCGGAUGUCAGGAAUGCUAUAACCGUUUCGGAAAAUCUAAAUUUUGCUAACGAUCCAGGAGGUAUACAGAUUGAACAGUCUUGUAAUGGUCUUUUGUUGUGUAGUACUUUUGGGAUAUGCAGUAACAUAGCAGAAUUUGCUCGAAACUAUUACGUUUACAAUCCAACCACAGGACGGUAUACCAUCUUACCGAGUUCUGAACAUAGGAAGCCUGGUUACGAGUCAUGUUUCAGUGUUAGUUUAGCUUUCAAUCCGUUUAGAUCACCUCAUUACAAGGUUGUUUGCAUUUCGGAGAGUGACAAAGCAGAUGAAUGUCAGAUUGAGAUUUACUACUCCGAAACAUGUACAUGGAGGCUGGUUGGAUAUUCAUGUAGUUUAACUAAUAUCUAUGGUUGUGGUGUGUACUGGAAUGGUUUGUUGAAUUGGCAUAACGUCCAUGACUCUUUGGUUUAUUUCGAUAUUGAUAGAGAGUUAAUUGGAGUAGUACAGAUGCCAGAUAGAACGACGGUUAAGAAUAGUUUGUAUUUCGGUGCGUGCAAGGGUCGUUUGUAUUAUGUUGAAACUGAUUGCACUAGAUGGGCUAAUGUUUCGAGUCUCAAUAUCUUUGAGAUGAAGACUGGUUGCACCGGAUGGAAUGUAAUAUACCAUGUCGAUCUCUGGAAAUUAAGAGUGCUGUUACAUCUUCAGGAAAUUGGGUAUAGCAAUUUUGAAAAUGAUGAGUUAAAAGUUUUAUUAGUUGAUGGUGAAGAAGGAGAAGAGGGUGAAGAAGAAGAGUCGGCAAAGUUGGUUUUCCAAGUAAGGGAUAAGGUUAUUUCAUAUGAUCUUAAAGAGAUUAGCCUCAACAAAGUUCAUGACAUAGAGCCAGUCUUUAUUCGUGGGCAUUGGCAACAGUGCAGAAUUUUCCAUGCUUAUCAAUAUAUCAAUUCGUUGGCUUCUGCGUGA